AGUCCCAAAAUCAGGACUCUUAUAAUAAUCCUUGGAUUUUGCUCUGUUUAACAUGGUGUUCCGGAAAGGCCCCUGGCCUUUCUUAUAGCCCAAGCCACUUCCUUCUUCCUCCUCUCACCUCUCUCGAAACUUUCCCCAAUCCCAUCUCCUGCCCCCCCUCUCCCAACCCUAUCCACGCCGCCGCCAGCCCUGCUCGGGUGGUGCGCAUACAUGAACCAUCCGUCCUCGUCGUCGUCCUCCGCCCAGCCGCCGCCAGCCCCGGCGGUGGCGGCCGAGGCCACCUCCCUCGCGCCGGGCUUCCGCUUCCACCCCACCGAUGAGGAGCUCGUCUCCUACUACCUCAAGCGCAAGGUCCUCGGCCGCCCGCUCAAGGUUGAUGCCAUCGCCGAUGUGGACCUUUACAAGCUCGAGCCCUGGGACCUGCCCGCCCGCUCCCGCCUCCGCUCCCGCGACUCCCAGUGGUAUUUCUUCAGCCGCCUCGACCGCAAGCACGCCAACCGCGCCCGCACCAACCGCGCCACGUCGGGAGGGUACUGGAAGACCACCGGGAAGGACAGGGAGGUGCGCCAUGGGCCCAGACUUGUCGGGAUGAAGAAGACGCUCGUCUUCCACGCGGGACGCGCCCCCAAGGGCGAACGCACCAACUGGGUCAUGCACGAAUACCGCCUCGAGGGCGAUGACGCCGCAGGGAUACCGCAGGACUCAUUUGUGGUGUGCCGGAUCUUCCAGAAAGCUGGACCAGGUCCUCAGAAUGGCGCACAGUAUGGAGCGCCUUUCGUUGAGGAGGAAUGGGAGGAGGAUGACACAGAUGAUGGUUUGCUUCCAGUGGAGGGUGUUGCUGCUGCUGACCCUGAGGUUCCCCUUGCUUCUGUGGAGAUCCCUGGUGCUUUGGAUAGAGGCUAUCUUCAAAUGAGUGAUCUCAUUCAGGGUUUGGAUGAUCAAAAUGGAAAUGGUACACCUAGUUUGCCAGUUUCUGAUACUUCAAAUAAUAGCAACCAUUCUGAAGACGUAGAUGGAAAUUCUGGGGACAUUUUAAGUGACCCAAACCUUGGCUCUAAUUUUCUUCAGUAUGCUGAACCUGGGGAGCAAAAUAGCUUAAUGCUUAAUGGAACUAUCAUAUCAAAUGCAAAUGCUGGAGAUUUUUUUGAUAAUUCCAGCCACAGUGAUGGGUUUCUAGAGCUGAAGGAUUUUGGAGAUGCUGCAAAUCUGGAUUUCCCUUUGGGCAAUGGAUCAUCCAUCUGGCCUUUGGAUUGUUGGGCAUGGAAAACACCUGACUCAGCGGAAUCUUUAAAUGGAACUAAUGAUGAGAUUCCUCCACUUCCUGAUGACCAGACUUUCCAGCCAGAUGAGCUGGAACAACUGUUACAGUCAAUACAAGAAGAUUCCCAUUUAGGCUCAAGUAUCAUUGACCCCCCACAUUCUUCUAUGACAAAUUCAGUUCUGCCUGAUGAGGAUUGUUUGAUGUUCUAUGAUGCACCGUUCGAUUCCACCAUGUGUGAUGAUGGGUUUGCACAGAAUGGGAUCCUUGGCUCUGCAGCAACCAAUCUAUCUGGUAUUGGCAUGGUGGACGAUGGUAUGCCAUACUUUGAUGCAAUGGAUGGUAAUUUAUUUAAUGACAUUCUGGGCUCCAUACAGCAGCCAGAUGGUAGCAGUUCCCAUGCUUUUAAUGGCCCAGUCCUUACCCAAGAGAUGGUCAGGCUAAGAGUAGUACUAUUGGAAAGGGAUUUGUAAGGAUUUUGGAUUCGAUCUCUGCUCCCCCAGCUUUUGCAGGAGAGUUCCCAUCUAACCACCGCAAAUCCUUGGCUCGUAUUUCUGGAGCGCGCCCCAACACACUCCAUGUUUCUGCUGAAGUGAUCCAUAUAGGAAGUUUAGCUGUUCCUUCUGGCGCAGAUAAGUGGGCGCUGCAAAAGGAUCAAGGCAUGGAGCUGCUCUUCUCUGCAGAUUUUGAACCUGAUGCCCGUAUACAUUGUGGCUGCAACACCAUUACCGCGGUGCUGCGUGGUGGCUUCUGCCUUUUCUUCGUUUCAGCAAUAAUGCUCUUAGUGAGCUACGAGGUGGGCAUGUGCAUCUAUGGCAAGUAGCAACCUGGUACUGGUCUAAGAUAAAUCUCACAGCAUUUAGGUUAAUCCUAUGUUUUGAGGCAGACUCAACUGGGGUCUGGGGCCUCCUGCUAGCUUUUAAGUGUGCCGCAUUGCAUGGCAUGGACCUGUGGGGUGUUUAGCACUAGCAGUACCAUUUUGCAGCUCGAGAGCUAAUGGUGUAUGUAUGAAUUCAGUGCUAUUUAGAAAUACUAUGAGAAUUGCCUCAUUGGCGUGUGAUGAUGCCAUUUGCCAUGCUUGUGGUCGCAGUGGUCAAUGUUAGUGCAAAAUAUUGUAUAUAUAUUUGAGAUCCACCAUAGGAAUCAUGAUGCUUGUGCAGUACAGUUGUGUUGGUGUUUUGAGUGUUUGCAGGUUUCAAAA